GCUCACCAGUUGCGGGCGGCGCCACCUCUGGCCAUGGCGGGCGACCUGGAUAGCUGCAAGCCCCUGAGCGGGCUGCUAAGCGGCUUGGCUCAGGACGCUUUCCACGGACACACGGGCAUCACGGAGGAGCUGCUGAGGAGCCAGCUCUAUCCUGAAGUUCCACUCGAGGAAUUCCGACCCUUUCUGGCGAAGAUGAGGGGAAUUCUUAAGUCUAUUGCAUCUGCAGACAUGGAUUUCAACCAGCUGGAGGCAUUCUUGACUGCUCAAACCAAAAAGCAAGGUGGAAUCACGUCUGACCAAGCUGCUGUCAUUUCCAAAUUUUGGAAGAACCAUAAGGCCAAAAUCCGAGAGAGCCUCAUGAACCAGAGCCGCUGGGACAAUGGACUUCGAAGCCUGAGUUGGAGAGUUGAUGGCAAAUCACAGUCAAGGCAUUCACCUCAAAUACACACGCCCGUUGCCAUAAUGGAGCUGGAAUUGGGGAAAAGCGGACAGGAAUCUGAAUUUCUAUAUCUGGAAUUUGAUGAGUCCAAGGUCAAUCAAAUCUUGAAGAAACUUUCAGAGGUAGAAGAAAGUAUCAGCACGCUGAUGCAGCCAGCCUAGCUGAAGAUGGAGUUACUGAAGCUAAGAUGUUUAUGAUCCCUUCCCACUGAUCUGGUUUAAAAAAAAAAAAAAGCUUUUAUUAUCCCUGUUAAUGCCUAUCAUUACCCCUAUGAAUAUUAAAUCCUCAAAUUCAGAUCUUG